GGACCGUCACUCUCCGGCUGCUCCAGACCUCCACCUUCCAAAACACCUCCUUUGUGGAGACAGAGGGGGUGGGCCUGCUGGAAGACAUCCAACUUGCUUCUCUUGAUAAGCACACCUGGUCCAUCCAUUUCCACCAGCCCUGGGUGCGUCCAGCUCUACCCCGCAUGGACUGGGACACCAUUGACAACAUGCUCAGGAUCUAUUUGUUGAAGGUCAGCCACUUGAUCAAUGAAGGGGCCAUGCAGAGGGAUGUGCCCUACCCCUUUGUGGUUCAGUGCAUUGCAGGCUGUGAGCUCUACCCCAACAGGACUUCUCGGACCUUUGCCUAUGUGGGCUACAACGGGCAGGAUUUCCUCAGCUUUGACACAGAGAACGUAACCUGGACCCUCUCCCAGGACACUGAUCUGUCUCGGUACUUCCUUGCCUACCUCAAAAACCACACAGCUUUCAGUGAGCGGAUCGAGGUCCUCUUCAAUGAUACCUGUGUCGAUGCCAUGGAGAGGUUUCUGAGCUCAGGGAGGGCAGCUCUGGAGAGACAAGAGGUGCCCGUGGCCACGGUCUUUGCCCGCACGCCCAGCCCACACCAGCUGCUGCUGGUCUGCCAUGUCACCGCCUUCUACCCGCGGCCCCUCAUCUCACACAGCCUCGUCCUGCUGCUGCUGCUGCACCCACUGCUGCACACUCUGGGCCUCACUGCUGGCACCAUGCAGCCCCCUCGCUGCUGCCUCCUCCUCCUCCUCCUCUACCUCUUCCUUCUCUCUGGGACAUGGGCAACUCUGGAGGGGACCGUCACUCUCCGGCUGCUCCAGACCUCCACCUUCCAAAACACCUCCUUUGUGGAGACAGAGGGGGUGGGCCUGCUGGAAGACAUCCAACUUGGUUCUCUUGAUAAGCACACCUGGUCCAUCCACUUCCACCAGCCCUGGGUGCAUCCAGCUCUACCCCGCAAGGACUGGGACAACAUUGACAGCACAUUCAGGUUCUAUUUGUUGAGGUUCAGCCACCUGAUCAAUGAAGAGGCCAUGCAGAGGGAUGUGCCCUACCCCUUUGUGGUUCAGGGCAUGAUAGGCUGUGAGCUCUACCCCAACAGGACCUCUCGGACCUUCGCCUCUGCAGGAUACAAUGGGCAGGAUUUCCUCAGCUUUGACACAGAGAAUGUAACCUGGACCCUCUCCCAGGACACCGACCUGUCCCGGUACGUUCUUGCCUUCCUCAAGAACUACACUGCCCUCAGUGAGUGGGUGGAGGUCAUCUUCAGUGAUACCUGCGUCAAUGCCAUAGAGAGGUUUCUGAGCUCAGGGAGGGCAGCUCUGGAGAGACAAGAGGUGCCCGUGGCCACGGUCUUUGCCCGCACGCCCAGCCCACACCAGCUGCUGCUGGUCUGCCAUGUCACCGCCUUCUACCCGCGGCCCAUCAGCGUGGCCUGGCUCAGGGAUGGCCAGGAGGUGCCUCCGGGCCCGCAGCUC